CGCCCUGCCUGCCGCAUCGGAACUCAGGUGAAGCACAGGUGUGUAGUCCCCGCAGAUGAGUCGAUGGAAGGAGACUCCAGCAACUGUUGAGCCUGCAGAAAAAACCCAAAGUGAGGAGCUAUACCGCUAUGGUGGAGUGAGAACAUGAGAUAAAUAGUCAACCUUGAAGGAGAAGCGGAUUUUCUUGGGUCCUUCACUAAUUUCUGUUUUCCACGCUGAAGUUGGAGUUGUAUUGGUAUCAAUUUCGAUUUCUCUUGUUGUGGUUCCCCGUGUCUGAUGGAUCUAAUCAGCGCCAGACGAACGGGAGUUUUACUCCUCAUUUUCACAUUUUUAAGUCUUCUUCAUGGCUCCAGAGGAGAAAUCCCAGCCAAACCAGCACCAAGCGGUGUCACGAUUGUGCCCCCGAUUAAGCCCAAUGUCCCCCACGCCUAUCCAGAACCUUCUAAAGUUUAUUUACCUGUAUUUACAAUGGAUUACCCGAGAAUACAGAUACCUUUUGAGAUCACUCUCUGGAUUCUGCUGGCUUCAUUUGCAAAGAUUGGUUUCCAUGUUUACCACAAGAUCACCAUCUGGGUGCCCGAGUCCUGCCUUCUGAUCAGCAUUGGUCUGAUUGUGGGGGCCAUCAUGCACUCCGUCCAUGAGGAGCCCCCUGCCGUGCUCUCCAGUGAAGUCUUCUUCCUCUACAUGCUCCCCCCGAUUGUCCUGGAUUCGGGCUACUUCAUGCCCACCAGGCCUUUCUUUGAGAACAUCGGCACGGUGUUGUGGUUUGCAAUUGUGGGGACUCUGUGGAACAGCAUAGGCAUUGGCAUGUCUCUAUUCGCCAUCUGUCAGAUCGAGGCUUUCGGCGUUCAGGACAUCAGCCUCCAGGAGAACCUGCUGUUUGCCACCAUCAUCUCUGCUGUGGACCCCGUGGCCGUGCUGAGCGUGUUCGAGGACGUCUCUGUGAACGAGCAGCUCUACAUCGUGGUGUUCGGAGAGUGUCUCUUCAAUGAUGCUGUCACCGUGGUGUUGUACAACAUCUUCAACUUUGAGAUGGGCGAGGUGGUGCCGACGGAUGUUUUCCUCGGGGUGGCAAAGUUCUUUGUGGUUGGGCUCGGGGGAAUGGGCUUCGGCGUCUUGUUUGGCUUCGUGGCCGCCUUCACCACCAGGUUCACCUCCAAGGUGCGAGAAAUCGAGCCGCUCUUCAUAUUCAUGUACAGCUACCUGGCCUACCUGGUGGCCGAGCUGUUCACCAUCUCUUCCAUCAUGGCCAUUGUGACCUGCGCCCUCACCAUGAAGUACUACGUGGAGGAAAACGUCUCCCAGCGUUCCUGCACAACCAUCCGCCAUGUUAUCAAGAUGCUCGGCUCCAUCUCCGAGACGCUCAUCUUCUUCUUCCUGGGGGUCGUCACCGUGACGACGGAGCACGAGUGGAACUGGGGCUACAUCAUGUUCACGCUGCUGUUUGCUUUCGUGUGGAGAGGUCUGGGUGUCCUUGUGCUGACUCAGAUCAUUAACCCUUUCCGAACCAUCCCAUUCAACCUGAAAGAUCAGUUUGGUUUGGCCUACGGUGGUCUGCGAGGUGCAAUUUCAUUCGCUCUGGCUUUCACCCUCCCCAAUGAGAUUGGCCGCAAGCAGCUCUUCAUCACAGCCACCAUCGUUAUCAUCCUCUUCACUGUCUUUCUUCAGGGUAUCAGUAUUCGACCUUUGAUUGAGUUCGUCAAUGUGCGCAGAACAAACCGCGACGUCGAUACCAUCAAUUCAGAGGUUCACUGCAGGCUUAUGGAGCACACCAUCGCUGGCAUAGAGGAUCUGUGUGGACAGUGGAGCCACUUCUACUGGAAGGACAAGUUUAUGAAGUUCAACAAUCGAAUCCUGCGGAGGAUCAUGAUCCGUGACAACCGGGCUGAGUCCAGCAUUGUGGCGCUGUACAAGAAGCUGGAGCUGCAGAAUGCCAUGGAGAUCCUGGACACAGUGGCUGGAGACAUCAGUGCUGCUCCGUCCAUUGUCUCUCUAUAUGAGGAGAAGAAAAGUUCUGCUAGACCUAGGAAGAAGUUCUUGACUGCAGACUUGAAGAACAUGCAUGACAUCCUUUCAAAGAACAUGUACAAGAUCAGGCAACGGACGGUGGCGUUCACAGGCAAGCACGCCCUUCCCAAUGAAAGCCACUCGAGAGAGAUUCUGAUCAGACGCCAUGCCAGCAUCCGAAGAAGCAUCCGUCCUGGAAGUUUUCAGUCAUCGGUGGUGCCCAAAUCUCAUAAGUACUUCUCUCUUCCUGCUGGGAAAAGUCUGGACUCAAAGUUUCCUCCUGUGAGGCUGAGCAACACAGAUGAUCAGGAGACCAUGUCAGAGGUGGCCUACCCCUCCAGACGCUCUCGGUUUAACCAGCCUUCACGCUCGUCCUCCAGAGCCAUGAUGCCUCUGCGCAGGCUGGACACCCUGCAGGAGGCUCCGUCUGUCAGCGUGCUGGAUGAGAGCACAGUGGAGGACAGGGGCAGGACCGGGGGCGGCAAGCCCAGAACAAACUCCUCCUCUAGUGAUUCCCGCGUUCCUGCUCCUCGCCGCACUUUCAUCGAUAAUGACAGCAGCUCGGCUGAUAAUUUGAGAAACGUGCAUCAUGAAGCAGAAGAGGAGCAGCCUACGUCUCCACCUCCCGCCUGGGCUGCUGAGUCCAGAGACAACGCAUCAAGAAACCCUCUACUCAGGAGGCCGCAGUGGAACCCGAAGGGGAAAUAAAAGUCUUCUGAGCUUAAACAAGCAGCUGGACUGCCACAGACUGGAUUUUUAGGAUCCCUCUUAUAAAACUCCGUUCACAUUGCAAGGACUGCAAAGUAAAGAUGGAGGUCCUUGCAUUUCUUAAUAGAGAUGACCCGACCUCCAAAAGAAGCCAGAAUGCACAGCAAAGAAAGUAAAGUCAGUUUUUAGCCUCAUCAGAAGUGUAGUGAGUGAACUGUAUUUUCUUUUUGAUUUGUACCAGUAGUUAUUUCAACCCGUUGCAUGUGAUUUUAAUAACUUGAUUUUCCAGUUGUGUGUUUUAAAACACUGUAAUUUAAACAGUUUUAUUUUGACUAAAUAUUUCUGUCUUUACAUGUAAAUAAUAUUAUGUUUUUGUAUUAUAUUUCCUUUGUGUGUGUGUGUGUGUGACAGGAUAGUUUUUUUCAUAUACAGGCUAAAUUAGUUCCAUGAGGAACUAUUGCUGAGCAGUACAAAGUACUCUUCGGGAUAACUGAGGCCUAGUUUGUCUGUUACAUUAGUGGAGCUCAUGAAUCAGGAUUUUACUAUUAUUAAUAUUCUUUUUUUUGUAAUAAAAGUUUUAUGUUGUUUAAAA